AUGCGAUUCGGGUUUUGGCAUCCUGAAUCGACUGUGUUAUUCAUACUGACAGUGGCUGGUGAAUUAUUAGAUGUGGACUAUUUGAACAACAGAGUACUAAAAAGGCACUCAUUCCCAGUGGAUGAUUAUACGAGGGCUGUCUCCAUAAAUGGGAAAUCAAUCGCAUUUAUAUCCACAAGUAAAAUAACUGUAUACUCACCGUAUAAUAGUAGUAUUAGGACAAUAUACAGGAGUUGUAUGGAGGGACGCAGUGAUUAUUCUUAUAUCUCUAUUAUUACAACGAGCAUACAGAAUGACCCUGAAAAAAAACCGUUAAAUCUACAGAUAUCUGGGAAUAUAACGGAUUUUAAGAGCAACCCAUCAAGUAUACCUGAAAUACAUAAAAGACACCAACAGUUCCAGCCAGAAUAG